CCGAGCUUGUAUGGGUCGAUCCAAGUCCCUAGUACAGAGCUAACUCAGCACGAGUUGUUUGAGAUCGACGUUAAUUCGGAAUAGUUGAGAUCCUGUGCAAGUGCAACCAGUCGUCAAAAGGGCGCCAAGCAUACAAGAAAACCAAACACAGAAGACAGAACUAGUGUUUGCAUGAUGGAUGAGACGCCCAUCAUGGAAGCUGAGCCUGAAGGUGACUUUCAGUCAGUCAGUCAGAAGAUGAGAGAUAUAUCACAGCAGUUUGACUCCAGCCAAGGCAGUCAAACAUCCUCUUCAAUUCAAGAAAAUAUAAGCUCAUAUGUCAGAUACAAAGAAUGGCUUGAGAAUGUGAAGCAAGUUCAGAGUGGUCUGAUCAAUUCUUCAACUGAACCUGCUACAUCAGAGGGUGAAUCUAAUGACAUUGAAGAAUUAACAACCAGGAUUGCUGCCCAUCAAGAGGAGCUUAUCAAGGAGACAUCCAACCAUGCGGUCAAAGAACUUGUCGUAAGAAGUGCACAGCUUGGCUAUAAACUCCAGCAGCUCCUGUUCCCAGAGGAUCCAGAGGCUGAGAGCCAGGAGGAGGAGGAGAAGGAGAAGGGGGAGGAGCAGGCCUCAUCUUGGGCAAAGAAGUUAUGUGAGAAGCAGAGGGUGUUAUCAUCAGACAUAUUAGCUCAUCUCAAUGCAUGCCAGUCUCUACAGGAUGAUGUAGAUCAGGGCAAGAAGGACAUUAGAGAUAUACAAGCUGGCAAUGUAGAGUUGAUGAAGAAGUUACAGAGCAGAGAGAGUGCAGACAAGAUGAACGAUACUCCAAGCAACUCUGUACAGCGACAGCAAGAGAAGCUGGACGACCUCAUCUCUCACAUUACCAUGGAGAAGGGUAUACUACAGGGUCUCAUCAUUGGGAGUGGGGUCAACUGGGCUAAAGACCCCGCCCUGAAGGAGGUUGUGAUUGGACUGGGACAGCAGUUGAAACUAGAUUGAAUCCUCUAGGGACCCAUCAUCACCACCACACCUCCUGGUCUGAAGGGCGUCUUCAUUGGACUAGGACAGCAGUUGGAACUAAACUAAAUGUUUAUGUCUCCAGUCUUUUCCUUCGUGGAAGCGAGGUUAAGACAUCAUCCUGAAGGAUACAGUGAUUGGACUUGGAUAAUAGUUGGAACUAGACCAAUACUCCAGAGCAUAAUCAUUGCGAGUAGGAAAGGGAGGAGAAGACCAGUCCAGAGACCUUGCUAGUCUUGAGUU